GUGAAAUCCGUAACAGAAUCUGAAAUUCCUCGCCAUCGCCGGCCAUGGAGUUUUUGGCUUGCUUUCUUUGUUUCUGUGUUGGCUUCUUCAUUUUGAGGCUUAAAUGGAAGACGAGAAGUACACUGAAGCUACCUCCGGGACCGAGGCCUCUGCCGGUCAUCGGAAAUCUCUUGGAUCUCGGCGACAAGCCUCACAAGUCGCUCGCCGCCAUGGCUAAGGUAUAUGGCCCGAUCAUGAGUCUGAAACUUGGACGAGUUACGACGGUGGUGGUUUCUUCUUCCGCCAUGGCCAAAGAGGUCCUACAAACGAACGACCACUCUUUGUGUGACAGAACCGUUCCAGAUUCUCUGACGGCUCACGAUCAUAACAAAGUCGGAUUCGCCUGGAUUUCUGUUUCUCCUCUCUGGAGGAAAUAUCGCAAAAUAUGCAAAAAUACUCUGUUCGCCGGAAAAAUUCUAGACGCGAACGAGAAUCUUCGUCGGAAGAAAGUGGAAGAGCUCGUAGAGAUUGUUCGAAAAAGCGCGUCGAAAGGCGAGGCGGUGGAUGUAGGGAGAUUAGUGUUCACGAUUACACUGAAUCAACUCUCUAAUACGAUUUUCUCUGUUGAUUUAGCAGAUCCGAAAUCUGAAUUAGCUAGACGGUUCAAGAAAUACGUGCAGGGAAUUAUGGAAGAGGGCGGAAAGCCAAAUUUGAGCGAUUAUUUUCCGGUGUUGAGGAAAUUCGACAUUCAAGGGAUGAGGAAGAGGAUGGAGAUUCACAUGGGAAGGGUCCUCGAACUUCUGGACUCAGUGAUUAAACAGAGGAUGAAACAGCAGGAAAUGGAUCCCGAUUCUGUUCCAAACAACGAUAUGUUGCAUUAUCUUCUCAAGAACGAAGAGAGCGACGCUCAAAUCGAUCAAAAUCAAAUUAUAAAUUUACUUCUUGAAUUAUUCGCAGCGGGCUCGGAUACAACUGCAGCGACAUUGCAAUGGGCAAUGGCAGAGCUAUUGAGGAAUCCCAAAAAAUUAGCAAAAGCUCAAGUGGAAAUCAGGCAAGUUUUGGGGAAGAACAAACCAGUAGAGGAAGCGGACAUUCCGAGGCUGCCAUAUCUACAAGCAGUAGUGAAGGAAGCUUUACGAUUGCAUCCAGCGGUUUCAUUGUUGCUACCUCGUAAGGCGAUUCAAGAAGUGGAGAUAGCAGGUUUCACAAUCCCUAAAGACGCUCAGGUUCUAGUAAACGCAUGGGCAAUCGGAAGAGAUCCGAUGAGCUGGGAGAAUCCGGAAUCAUUCGAACCGGAGAGGUUUAUAGGAUCGGAAAUUGACGUCAGAGGGCAAAGCUUCGAGAUGAUUCCGUUCGGUGGAGGGAGAAGGAUUUGUCCUGGACUACCAUUGGCUAUGAGAAUGAUGCCUUUGAUGUUGGGUUCGUUAAUUAGUUUCUUCGACUGGAAGGUUGAAGAUGAAUUUGAGAUAAACAUGGAAGAUAAAUUUGGCAUCGUCGUUGAGAUGACCCAUCCACUCCGAGCUAUCCCAUCGUUCACUGUUUAGAAUAAUUCUAGACUUUCCACAAUACUAUCGCUUUAAUUAUGGUUUGACUUUUAACUUUUAUUUAGUAUUUUGGGCUAAAUUACAAA